CCAAGCUUCACUACGGAUUCUUUCUGCUAAGGUGAUGCCUGUUGAUUCUGUUCUGAACUCUGAAUUUGGUUUCGUCCCUUCCAUUCUUUUACCCUUUUAUUUGAAUGCGUAUACCCCAUAUGUCCGUAUUUUGAUCAAAGGCGUUCACUCUUACAGCCUUAGAUCACCAGCAAACACUUAAAAACAGUGCGAAUUUCGCAAUCAGUUCUCAGUUGCGACUUUGCACACGAAGUGUUCGUUGAUUUGCCCCAAAAAAAGAUAAACGAGCACUCCGUCUUUCAGAUUAAUUACUGAGUUUUAUAUCUGGGUAGAUUAUGAAUUAUGGAAAUACGGCAAGUGUCAACACAACCUUGCCGAUGGAAAAAUGGUAAUAAAGUUGGAUUCUUUAAUCUUCCCCCAACGUGGGUAGUCCACUUAACACACAGUUUCCUUUUUUUGAUUUAUGAAAUGAGACAGACUUGUCAACAUUGUAUUGCUUCUUUGAGGGUGUUGGCAUUUUCAUGUCCCAACCCUACUUACUGUGAAGUUCACGAUGAGUGCAAGUUCAACACUUUAUACGAAUGGUUUUAUUCAUUCUUCAUUGAGCUUAAUUUCUCCAUAGGAUCUUCUUUCCAGGAGAGGUUCUUUAUUCUUGACACGGAGUUCAUUUUUAAACGAAGGAUUUCACAUUAAACAGCUCACUGGAGUCAAGUGGAAUGGUCAACGUAGAAAGCAUGCAGGUGUGGUGGUUUCACCCAUUUCUGUCCUUCCUCUCACUGAGGAAAACAUUGAAAUGGUUCUGGAUGAAGUGAGACCCGGCUUAAUGGCUGACGGAGGGAAUGUGGCUCUGCAUGAGAUUGAUGGCCUUGUUGUUGUGCUAAAGCUACACGGAGCUUGUGGCUCCUGCCCAAGUUCUGCAUUGACAUUGAAGAUGGGGAUCGAAACCUGCCUUCGCGAUAAAAUCCCAGAAAUUGAAGCUGUUGAGCAGAUUCAGGACGCCGAGAUUGGCCUCGAGCUGAAUGAGGAAAAUAUUGAGAAGCUUCUUGCAGAGAUCAGACCGUAUUUGGUUGGUGCAGGCGGCGGAGAGUUGGAACUUGUGCAGAUCGAAGAGUACAUUGUCACGGUCCGCCUUCGUGGGCCCGCAUCCACCGUGAUGACGGUGCGUGUCGCUCUAACACAAAAGUUAAGGGAUGCAAUACCCGCAAUCGCUGCUGUUCGGUUGAUAGAGUGAAGAAGGGUAAUUUCCUAAAAGCACCCUCUAUAACAUGAGAGUUUUCACGUAUAUGGUCCUCUAUAUCUAGGAACUAUUUCAUAGUAAGUCCUUUGAGGACGUAUCCGCGGUCCUCUAUAUUUGUGGAAUAGUUUCCAAAUAUAGAAAAUAAUGAAUAUACUACCUCUGUCCAUGAUUAUUUAUCUAAUUUUGAUUUUUUUUGCAUUUAACUACAUUCGGUCUUUGAUCUAUAAUUAAAUAAAAUUUUAUAAAGUAUAUUUGUUGAUUAGAUAAGACAAUAUUUUUAAAAUACUAUAAAAAAACAAAUCUAAUCUCAAUUUUAUUUAAUCAGUAGUCAAAGUUUGAUAAUUUUGAUUGCAAAAACUCAAAAUUGAACAAACAAUCAGGAACGCGGGUAGUAUAUUUAUAUCGGCUGGGUUCAGUGGCCACAAAAGUAACUGUCC